AUGCCGCGGGCCCCAGUGCCCCUCUACACCUGCCUGCUCGGGCUCUGUGUGCUGGUCCCCGGCCUCCCAGGCCUCAACAUCUGCUCUAGUGGAAGUGCCACGUCAUGUGAAGAAUGUCUGCUCAUCCACCCCAAGUGUGCCUGGUGCUCCAAAGAGGAUUUUGGCAGCUCGCGUGCGGUGGUGUUCCAGUGUGACCUGAAGGCCAACCUGGAGUGCAGUGGCUAUGCAGGCGAGGUGGAGAGCCCGGCCAGCAAAACACGGGUCCUGCGGAGCCUGCCCCUCAGCACCAAGAGCCCCAGCCCCUCGGGUUCCGAUGUCAUCCAGAUGACCCCGCAGGAGAUAGCCCUGCGCCUGCGGCCUGGGGACAAGACUAACUUCCAGCUGCAGGUCCAAUAGGUGGAAGAUUACCCCGUGGACUUGUACUACCUGACAGACCUCUCCCUGUCCAUGACAGAUGACCUGGACAGCAUCCAGAACCUGGGCACCAAGCUGGCGGAUGAAAUGAGGAAGCUCACCAGCAACUUCCGACUGGGCUUUGGGUCCUUUGUAGACAAGAACAUCUCUCCCUUCUCCUACACAGCGCCGAGGUACCAGACCAACCCAUGCAUUGGUUACAAGUUGUUUCCAAACUGCCUCCCCUCCUUCGGCUUCCGCCACCUGCUGCCCCUCAAGGACAGAGUCGACAGCUUCAAUGAGGAAGUUCGGAAGCAGAGGGUGUCCCGGAACCGAGAUGGCCCUGAGGGAGGCUUCAAUGCUAUCCUGCAGGCUGCUGUGUGCAAGGAGAAGAUCGGCUGGUGGAAGUACGCACUGCAUCUGCUCAUGUUCACCACAGACAACGCGCCCCACAUCACGUUGGACGGUAAGUUGGCGGGGCUGGUGCAGCCCCACGACGGCCAGUGCCACCUGAAUGAGGCCAAGGAGUACACGGCGUCCAGCCAGAUGGAUUAUCCAUCCCUGGCCUUGCUCGGAGAGAAGCUGGCGGAGAACAACAUCAACCUCAUUUUUGCAGUGACGAAGAAACAUUGCACGCUCUACAAGAAUUUUACAGCCCUGAUCCCUGGAACUACAGUGGAGAUUUUACAUAGUGACUCUCAAAAUAUCAUCCAGCUGAUUAUCAACGCAUACAGUAGCAUCCGGUCUAAGGUGGAGCUGUCGGUGUGGGACCAGCCGGAGGACCUGAACCUCUUCUUCACGUGCCAGGAUGGAGUGUCCUACCCUGGUCAGAGGAAGUGUGAGGGGCUGAAGAUCGAGGACACAGCAUCCUUCGAGGUGUACGUGGAGGCGCGGAGCUGCCCGAACCGGUUCGAGGAGCACAGAUUCACCCUUUGGCCCGUGGGCUUCCGGGACAGCCUGCAGGUGGGCGUCACCUACGACUGCAGGUGCCGCUGCAGCCUCGAGCCCGAACCGGACAGCACCUGGUGCAGCGGGAACGGGACCUAUGUGUGUGGCCUGUUCGAGUGCAACCCCAGCCACCUGGGCACCAGGUGCGAGUGCCAGGAAGGCGAGAGCUGGAGAGUGUUCCAGAACCUGUGCCGGGAGGCGGAGGGCAAGCCACUGUGCAGCGGGCACGGCGAGUGCAGCUGCAGCCAGUGCUCCUGCUACGAGAGCGAGUUUGGGAAGAUCUACGGGCCGUUCUGCAAGUGCGACAACUUCUCCUGUGUGCGGAACAGAGGAGUGCUCUGCUCAGGUCACGGCGAGUGUCACUGUGGAGAAUGCAAGUGCCACACGGGCUACAUCGGGGACAACUGUAACUGCUACACGGACACCAGCAUGUGCUGGGCUAAGGACCGCCAGAUCUGCAGUGGCCGUGGGCACUGUGUCUGCGGGCAGUGCCAGUGCACAGAGCCAGGGGCCUUUGGGGAGACGUGUGAGAAGUGCCCCACCUGCCCCGAUGCCUGCAGCACCAAGAGAGAGUGUGUGGAGUGCCUGCUGCUGCACUCGGCGAGCCCAGCCGACAACCACACCUGUCAGGCUCUGUGCAAGGACGAGGUGGUCACAUGGACCGACGCCAUUGGGAAAGAUGACCAGGAGGCAGUGCUGUGCUUCUACAAAACCACCAAGGACUGUGUCAUGCUGUUCAUCUACGCAAAGCUCCCCAGCAGGCUCACCAACCUGACUGUCCUCAGGGAACCAGAGUGUGGAACCUCCCCCCCCCCCCCGCCCCGCCGUGCCACAACCAUCCUGCUGGCCGUGGUGGGCAGCAUCCUUCUGGUGGGGCUUGCCCUGCUGGCCAUCUGGAAGCUGCUUGUCAUCAUCCAUGACCGGAGGGAGUUCGCCAAGUUCCAGAGCGAGCGAUCCCUGGCUCGCUAUGGAAUGGCCUCCAGCCCGAUGUACAGAAAGCACACCUCCACACACACCGUGGACUUCACCUUCAACAAGUUCAACAAGUCCUACAACGGGACCGUGGACUGA